UUGGCAGAGCGCAGCGCACCGCGGAGCGCAGCUCCGGACGCACAUGAAGAGUCAGAGCGGUGAGACCAUCAGUGAGCUGGAAACAGCCUUUCACCUGCUCUGAGCGACACACGCACCUCUGCACAUCUGCCACGUCUUCUCUGAUGGAGAGAAGAGCAAUCUGACAGAGUCUGUGUUGAUGUGGGAUAACAAUUCUACCUCUUUGGCGUCUCCUAUGGAGCAAGUGAUUGUUUUGGGGCUUGCCAGACGCCGAGCUUAUAUUUUGAACGUUUAAACAGCGACUUUAAAAGCAUUGAAACUCCGUGCGCGCUGCAAAUUGAGCUCCGCGUUAAUUGCACUACAAUGUCCCAGACCAUCUGCGUGGAAAACUUAAAGGCAUGCUGCAUAUUGAGGGGUGCGAACGCGCGAGCAAGCUGAAACAGAUGGACACAAGCCCAACACACUGGAGACGUGCUGGGUUGCUGAAUGGGUGACAAGCUCCUGGUCACCUCACAUUCUCUGUGAAGCUCCUCUCCCAUCGCAUUGUGCAGGACAGGGUCCCCCAGCAGAGUGUUAGGGAUGUACCAGGAGGUGGCUUUCCUGGCAGGCAGCACUGAGCACCAGUUCACCACCUUCCGUUUCAACCGUGUGGAGAACCCACUGGAAGUCACUUCCAAGAAGGGUUUGUUCUACAAGCGAGCCCAGCUCCUGCUCCAGCCUCAGCCCCGCCAACAGGAUGGAGAUGAUGGGGCAGCCAUUAUUAACGUGGGGGGCAUCAAGUACCGUAUCCCCUGGUCCACGCUGGAUGAGUUCCCCUUGACGAGGCUGGGCAAGCUACGCAGCUGUAGCAAUGAGGCCGAGAUCAUGGAUGUGUGUGACGACUACGACGGCAGCCGCAACGAGUAUUUCUUUGACCGAAGUCCAUCGGCUUUCCGCACCAUCGUCACUUUCCUGGCCGCAGGGAAGUUGCGGCUCCUGAGGGAGAUGUGUGCCCUGUCCUUUCAAGAGGAGCUGCUGUACUGGGGCGUGGAAGAGAACAACUUGGACUGGUGCUGCCUCAGGAAGCUGCGGCUCCGGCAGGAGGAGUACAAGGAGCAGCAGAGGUUGGAGGAAGAGGACACCGAGCUCACAUUGCCACAGUCCUGCGACGAGAGCCAGCAGCCUCCUGGAGUAGGUCUACAGGAAGAGAGCCAUACGGGGGGCUGCAUGCGGAGACUGAGGGACAUGGUGGAGAACCCCCACUCUGGCCUGCCGGGGAAGAUCUUUGCCUGUCUGUCAGUGUUGUUUGUAGCCAUCACUGCUGUGACGCUGUGUGUCAGCACCAUGCCAGACCUCCGAGAGGAGGAGGAGAGGGGUGAGUGUUCUCAGAGGUGUUAUAACAUCUUCGUGCUGGAGACUGUGUGCGUCGCCUGGUUCUCCCUGGAGUUCCUGCUGCGCUUCAUUCAGACUCAGAGCAAGUGUAUGUUCCUGCGGACGCCUCUCAAUGUCAUCGAUGUGGUGGCCAUCCUUCCCUACUACAUCACCCUCAUUGUGGACUCUCUGUCAGUGGGAGGGAAACCUGCAGGCUCAGGGAACAACUACCUGGAGAAGGUGGGGCUAGUCCUCCGUGUCCUCCGAGCUCUACGGAUCUUUUACGUGAUGAGGCUGGCCCGCCAUUCCUUAGGCUUGCAGACGCUUGGUCUGACAGUGAGGCGGUGUACCCGUGAGUUCGGCUUGCUGCUGCUGUUCCUGUGUGUGGCCAUGGCCCUUUUCUCCCCACUGGUGUUCCUAGCUGAGAGCGAGAUGGGCGCCAAGCAGGAGUUCACAAGCAUCCCUGGGAGCUACUGGUGGGCUGUGAUCUCCAUGACCACGGUGGGCUACGGAGACAUGGUGCCCAGAAGCAUCCCUGGCCAGGUGGUAGCGCUCAGCAGCAUCUUGAGUGGCAUCCUCCUCAUGGCAUUCCCCGUCACGUCCAUCUUUCACACCUUCUCUCGCUCUUACGUGGAGCUGAAGGAGGAGCAGAACCGGGCGAUGAGGCAGAAGCUGGACUCGCAGGACAGUACCAAGUCCCAGAACAGCGAAGACUCUCAGGAGACGGACAGCUACCAUGGUAUUGCAGAAGCUGCAGCCUCAUCCGUGCAGCGAAGGAAGUCUAUGGCUGCUCAGAGGGCUGCAGAGAAUAGAGUGUCCAUGCAAACUUAGCUGCUCUGUCUGUCUGUGUUCAAGUGGCAGCCUGGGAGGCCCUGACACCCAGCGCUGGGACUUCAAAGUUGAGAAGCUGCAGGAUUGUGAACAGGGAGGAGAUUUUAUCGUGUGGAGCUCUGGGUUUCUGCUAUGAUCGUGUGAAGUGCUUGUGCACCAGAGUGUAUCUGAGUUUCCCUAGACUUACAGAGGAGCUGCAGAGGUCUUUUUUCUACAAAUUUGACUUUAAAAGAUGGGUGACAAUAUAAUAUUCAUGAUUAAACAACUGACAUCAAAUAAGACAAUACUCUCACUGACUGCGAUUCAGACUUGAGAUAAGUCUGUGCAAAAGAGAAAUCUAAUAUCAAAAAAUCAUGUGUUAUUCAGACCUCGGACUAAUAAUCUCAUGUUGCUGCAUUUGAAAGGAGAGGAUUAUCUGAAAUAAAGGUGUUUGCUGAGAUGUCAGACAUGCAGUUAUAGGUAUUAUUGAUGUGCAAUAUCAUCUCCAUUCACUCUGUAUUAUAUUUGGCCAAAACAUAUAUGUAUAGUAUCAUCAUUUCAGGGCAUUUAUUUGCAAUGAAGUAAUUCAUCUUCAAUGUAAUAACGCAAAAUUAAUUUACUUAUCAAAGGGCUAUGCAGUCUGUCAUGACAUGUAAAUGACAAGAGGAUUGAUAUGACUAGAUAGAUCUUUCUUAUGAUGCUUUAAAAGAACUGUUUGACAUUUUGGAAAAUACACUUAUUCGGAGAGUUAGAUGGGAAGAUUGAUAAAACUCAAAUAUCUGUCUGUUGAAUUUGAAUUGGAGCCAGGAGAUGGAUAGCUUAGACUGGAAAAAAUGGGGAAACAGCUAGCCUGUCUCUGUUCAAAAAGUCUGCCCAAGAAAUAUUUCCAGCACACAACUCUGCAUAAAACCACAACUCAUUUUGGUUUGUAUUAAACAAUUGCUAAUUUGUACUUGGAGGCGUAAUUUUUUAGUUAUGGAGUGAGCAAGGUUAGCUGUUUCCCCCUGCUUCCAUCUUCACGCUAAGCUAAGCUAACCAUUUCCUAGCUUCAUAUUUAGCGUAUA